AUGAAGCCGCAAAACCCCACAUCUGGCGCCCAACGGGAAGGACCCCACCCCGCCAUGUUCUGCCCGAUCAUCGCCCGCCGAAUCCCAGCAGCCCCUGAUUUCGGCCCCCGGCACGGCGAUAUCGCUUUCGAGGAGCUAUGGGCGCUGAAGCGGGCGUUCCUGGACAUGGCCGCCUACGGGGUCUACGACCUGGUCCUCCUACAUCAGCCUGUCGAGACCCUCGUCAAGGAGGCUCUGGCGCGCUCGUGUGGCGAGGCGGCACCUAAGGCCGACGACGAAAGCGCCAACGCCGCGUGCGCUGAUGAGGUCGGCGUUGAAGCUCGUGCGAGCUCGUGCGGCGGGCCGGCACCACGGGACGACAAUCGACGCGGUGGCGCCGUAUCGUCCGCCAACGACGUCGAAAGGAACGUGAUCGCCGAGGAGUAUACAUCGAUGGACGAAGAUAUCGCCGAGAACGAGGCUGAGGACUCCCAGGACGGCGAAAGAGAGUGUGACGGAGGAAACCUCGAGGUCGGCGUUGAAGAGAACCCGCAUGGCGCGUCCCCCUCAGACAGAGCGUCUCACGACACGGCACCGAAGGCGGCCGUGGAGAUCGCUGAGGAGUUUGGCGAGGAAGGAGACGAGCCAGCUGAAGACAAGGUGGGCUCUGGUAUUGUGCUGGUUGAUUUCCGGGACAGCGCCAGCAUGCGGGAACUGGACGGUGCGACAAAAGAUCUUGGAGGGCCAGAAGCAAAAGAUGGAAAGGCGGAGAAGACGAGAAAGAGGCGGAAAAGGAAGAAAAAGAGAAACGACGAUGAACAGCGCGGUGGUGUGGGGGCCAAGGAGAACAAGGCGAUCGUGGACGAGGCGAUCGUUGUGGAUGCAGUGGCACACGUUCGCGACAAUACGUCUGAACCCAACCCGGAGAGCGAGAGGGAAGAUCGCACUGAAGAAGAGACUAAAAAGGCCGAGGUGGAGAAGCCUGCCGCAGACUCCAAGGAGGAUGAAGAGACCAAGGGGGAUGCUGCUCCGCCCGCCAAGAAGGCCAAGGCUGAACCGGCCAGGACACGUCCCCAGCGUAAGACCAAGUCAGCGGGUGCGCGUCGCGUGCGCAGCCUGGAGGCGACCGCCAAGGAGGGCGAGGCCCUUCUCAGGGAACUCGUCCACAAGGACAGCAGGGUCCCAGACAGUGGCUGCAGGCGCACACGCUCGCAGACGCGGUGCACCACGGCUGCUCCCGCUGCACGGCAGCUUGCACGGAAGCCACCUGCCAAGCCAGCACGCGGUGCGAAGAAGGGCGCGGCCUCCAAGCGCAGUAAGAAGGAAGAGAGUGAGGAGGAGGAGAAAGAAGAGGCAGCCUCUGCUGAGGAGGUCUUGACGACAGCCGUCUACGAGGACGGGUCAGCAGGCAGCAUAGAGAAGAAGGACGAGAAGGACAAGGUGAAUAACGACGAGGAUGUAGGCGAGGCACGGCAAGAAGUUUCUGAGGAUGCCAACGCCGAUCACAAGGAGGAACCGGAGGUCAGCAACACGUAA